AUGUCUCUAAAUCUUCUCAUUCCACUUGUAAUGUUCCCUUUUCUUGUCGCACUUCCUACUUUUUGUUGUUGUCUAUGCCGACGGAUAUGUCGCCGCGACUACAACGGUUUUCCACUUCCAUAUGGCAACCAAGCGGAACGAGUGGUUUAUGUGUAUCAAUACAGCCCAGACGACGAGAGUUAUAUGAUGGCUGUUGAAGACGAGGAAGACGAAAGAAGAGAGAGAGCGGGAGGUUACGGAUGUUAUACCGAUGAACCGCCUAAAUAUGAAGACGUCGUUAGAGAGGAUGGGGAGGAAAGAAAUCGUGAAAGCGCGAACAGAGAUGUUUUGGUUCAUAUAGACGUGAAUGCAAGUGAAAAUGUAGAUAUUAGGAAUGGUGAUGAGAGGAGAGAAGGUGAUUCCGUAAUUGUGCGGGAUGCAGGGUUGAGUGAAUUCACAGAAUUGGGUCAAUUGAUCAGUGUUGGACAACCCUCCGCUGGGGAUCAGUCUAUAGACGUGUCGUUGGUGAAUCUGACAACGGAGUGA